ACAGAGCUCGGCAGGACAGGAACAAAAUGGAUGAAGAGCCUGAAAGAACUAAGCGAUGGGAAGGAGGCUAUGAAAGAACAUGGGAAAUUCUUAAAGAAGAUGAAUCAGGAUCACUUAAAGCUACAAUUGAAGACAUUCUCUUCAAAGCGAAGAGAAAAAGGGUAUUUGAGCACCAUGGACAAGUUCGACUUGGAAUGAUGCGCCAUCUAUAUGUGGUAGUAGAUGGAUCGAGAACAAUGGAAGACCAAGAUUUAAAGCCAAAUAGACUGACAUGUACAUUAAAGUUGCUGGAAUACUUCGUAGAGGAAUAUUUUGAUCAAAAUCCUAUUAGUCAGAUUGGAAUAAUUGUAACAAAGAGUAAAAGAGCUGAAAAACUGACUGAACUCUCAGGAAACCCACGGAAACAUAUAACAUCUUUGAAGAAAGCUGUAGAUAUGACUUGCCAUGGAGAACCAUCUCUUUAUAACUCCUUAAGCAUGGCUAUGCAGACUCUAAAACACAUGCCCGGACAUACAAGUAGAGAAGUCCUAAUCAUCUUUAGCAGCCUCACAACCUGUGAUCCCUCUAACAUCUAUGAUUUAAUUAAGACCCUAAAGGCGGCUAAAAUCAGAGUGUCUAUUAUUGGAUUGUCUGCAGAGGUUCGAGUAUGCACUGCACUUGCUCGUGAAACUGGUGGCACGUACCAUGUUAUUUUAGAUGAAAGCCAUUACAAAGAAUUGUUAACACAUCAUGUUAGUCCUCCUCCUGCUAGCUCAAAUUCUGAAUGCUCACUUAUUCGAAUGGGAUUUCCUCAGCAUACCAUUGCUUCUCUGUCUGACCAAGAUGCAAAACCCUCUUUCAGCAUGGCGCAUCUGGAUAGCAACACUGAGCCAGGACUUACAUUAGGAGGUUAUUUCUGCCCACAAUGUCGGGCAAAGUACUGUGAGCUUCCUGUUGAAUGUAAAAUCUGUGGUCUUACUUUGGUGUCUGCUCCCCACUUAGCACGGUCUUACCAUCAUUUAUUUCCUUUGGAUGCUUUUCAAGAAAUUCCCCUAGAAGAACAUAAUGGAGAAAGGUUUUGUUAUGCCUGUCAGGGGGAAUUGAAAGACCAACAUGUCUAUGUUUGCAGUGUGUGCCAGAAUGUGUUCUGUGUGGACUGUGAUGUUUUUGUUCAUGACUCUCUUCAUUGUUGUCCUGGCUGUAUUCAUAAGAUUCCAGUUCCUUCGGGUAUUUGA